GAUGAAUUUUUAUUAAUUUUUCAUGAGAACCCCGGACGUGCCAGUAUGGCGCUGACCAUGUUUGAGGGGGACUUCGCUGUCUGAAAGUUUGCAUGAUAAACCCCGACAAAGCCCGCUUGAUAAUCAUAUUAUGGCCCAGAAUAAGAAAGAACCAUCUAGGCUUUUGACUCAGACGGUCAUAGAUGCCAGAGAUGAGCUUGAUGAGAGAUUAGAAAAGUGUUACAGUAUAGUAACUUCAAUCAUCACAGGACUUUCUGAAAGACAGAUUAAUGAUGCACUCAAUGCUUAUGUAUGUAAAGGUAGCCAGCAACAUGAAGAAGUACAGCUUGGGCUACUCUAUAUGAUAUUGGUUGAUCAAAAACAAGCAGCAAGAGCAUAUCGUGAUAUGAUGUUAAUUAGCAGAGAUGGACUAACUUUUGUAUUAACAAGGACUAAUCAGCUGAUUUUUGAAAAAUGGCUGAAGCUACAGGAUACUCCAAGAACACAGAUUGUGUGGUUUUGCAAAGAACUAGUCAAAAACUCUGUAAAUGGAACUGAGAGUGUGUGCAACUCAUUAUUGAGGCAGAUUGCUGGUGGUGAUAUUUCUCCUAAAAAUGUCUGGUUGGCUGAGAGUAUGUUGGAUAUGUUUAUGGAACAUAGGCCUUGGUUAGACAAAAUAGCUGGUCUUCUAGCAACAGUAGUGUACACAUAUUUAAGGGUUAUAGUAGACCAUAAUGGUGCUGCCUAUGAGAGUUUGAGAAAGAGGGAGGUGGAAUUUACAGUCUCUUUAUUAAGAGAAAAGUGGAUGGAAUGUGCUCCUAUUGGCCGAGACUUGGUGAGGUUAUUACAGAAUGUAGCAAGAAUACCAGAGUUUUACAAACUUUGGCAAGAGAUUCUCAACAAUCCAACUGCCUUGAGUUCACAGUUUACAGGUAUAUCUCAGCUGCUAAAAACAAGAACUUCUAGAAAAUUUCUUAUAUCAAGACUUACCCCUGAUAUGGAAACAAAGUUGGCUUUUCUGCUUACAAAAUCCAAUGUGGCAGCUUCUAAUGCAAAAUUGUCCCUCUUUUAUGACUGGUUGUUUUUUGACCCUGAGAAAGACAGCAUAAUGAACAUAGAGCCGUGUAUUCUUGUGAUGUACCACUCCAUCAGGCCACACCCUGCAAUUACAGCAACAUUGCUGGACUUCAUGUGCAGGAUCAUCCCCAACUUCCACCCUUCACUAGUAGAUCAAGUGAGACAAGGCAUUUACAAAUCAUUGAGGAGCAUUUUAGAAAAGCGUGUACUUGCGUCAAUAUCUCCAUUAUUUGAUAAUCCAAAGCUAGACAAGGAAUUGCGGGCCAUGAUAAGAGAGCAGUUCACAGAAUUUUGUUCUGUGGAAGUGAAAGAAGAAGUGAACAAUGGUAAAGAGGUUGCAGAGAAUGAUAGCAAUCAUCAUCCUCGUCUAAACCACUCUGACAGCAUUCCUGAUGCAGCCUUCAGUGAUGAGGAGGAUGACAUACCAUUAGGGAAGUUAAGAUCUGAAAUGAAAUUUAGACCAAUCAAAGAGCCACCCAAAUAUAAGCCAGUUGAUAUCACAGACUACAUAGAUCAGCUGCCAGAUGGAGAUAUGAAAGCUAGUGUAUUGGAGUUGCAGAAUGAAACUGAUAAUGAAAUUCAGUGUGAAGUGAUGGAAAAGUUGACGCAGGCUGUCAUUCAAGAGGAUGACUUUGACCAGGAGGUCGCUAUAACUCUGGCCACAUGUCUCUGUCAGCUUCUUGUCAAUCAACUCAAUAAUAAUCUNUAUAAUGAUGACUUUGACCAGGAGGUCGCUAUAACUCUGGCCACAUGUCUCUGUCAGCUUCUUGUCAAUCAACUCAAUAACAAUCUCUUUCCACAAGUUGUAGACGAGGAGUCCGUGGAAGAUUCAAUAGGAUCACCUUUGUUUGUGCUAUUUAGAAAUUUAUGUCAAACUCCAGAGGAAGAUCCUAGUCGGCAGCCUUUACUUACAUUAAUUGGUGAAAUGUAUGCCAAGCAAUCUAGAAUAGGCUAUUAUAUGCUUUACUACUUAAAAGUAGGGAAAAUUGUGGAUGACAAGAUGUCAACAUACAAAGAUUUUUGCAAAACUUUAGAAAACAGAGAUAUUGAGUCCUGUUUAAUGACAGACCUAAGAUUAUGUCAAGAGGAUGACGUGCGAUUGUUCACCUAUCUCAUCCCAGACAUCUAUACUCAGUUUCCAAAUAUUGCAAUUGGGAGUGCAGAGCUUCUUCAUCUUAUUGUGUCUUCCAUUGAUGGUUCUCAGCUUCAGGAUCUAGUAUGUCAAAUACUCCAGGGGCAUCUCAUCAUGUUCAGGAAAGACUCAUUCCUCUCUAUUCUAAAUGCCAGUUUAGAAUGGGAGACAAUAGAGCAAUACUUUCUUUGGCAGCUUAUUGCAGCACACAACAUACCUGUGGAGCACAUCAUGCCAAUUCUUCCAAAGUUAGAGUUCCAAACUCAUGCAGAAGCCUUGUCAAGCAUCCUUAUACAGCUGAAGCAGGAAUGCCCAUCUGCAGAAUUGCUAAGGCCAAUAUUUUGCCGUGAGUGCAAGAAGCAUGACUACUUCUCUGUGUCCAUACUUAAAUAUUGGGCCCAAGAAUAUGAAGAUAAACUGGCAGAUUUGGUGCUUGCUCAAAUAUCCAAGUCAAAUCCAUCCACACCAAACAGGAAAAGGCAAAGAAGUACAUCAACAAGUAUAUCAGCAAACAAAAAGGAGAAUCCAACAAUUGAACAAACUCUGUCUCACUUAGAUCACAUGAGACAAGUUUGUCGAAAUAUUUCAUUCAUUACACAUGAAUCAAUGCAACAGGCUCUCCAGUAUGUUCAGUGUAAUUGCACAGAUUCAAUAAAGAUGAAGUAUGGUGAUUUAUUAGCCUUAGCAGAAGAUUUUGAAGAUGUAAAAACCACACGUGUUCUCAGAGGACGAACUAAAGCUAAUAUUAGUCCCAAACCAACUGCCAGCAAGCAGAAGAAAUCACCAGCCCAAGCACCAAGUGAUAGCUCUUCAGAGAGUAGCGAGGAUGAAAUUGUCAAACCAAAAACGAAGAAGAGGAAACGAGGAGCAACGCCACUUGAUGAAGAUGAAGAUGAUUGAGGAAUUGAACAAAGAAAUUUUAAUCUUAAAAAUACUUUUUUAAAUCUUGCUGGAGAGAAAAAAAAAUAACAAUGAUUACAUAUGGCAAUACUUCCACAGUCAUUUUCAAUGGUGCAUUGCUUUAAUAGUAUAUACCAUACCAUGCAUCAGUAGAUUUAUUGAAUGCACAUAGUGCAGCAGUUGAUUUUCUGGUUUGAGAAGAAGCCAAAACUGUUACAGCAACUUUUAGGUGGUGAUCAAGUUUUGAAUAUAAUAAACUUUCCAGGUUGUAACUGUGGAUGUCAUGUGUAUAGCAUAUUUAAUUUUUCAACAUAUACAGUACCUUUGUGUCCACAGAAGACUGGCUUGACCAAUAUUGCGUUUUACAUGUAUAAAGCCAGGAAAAAUGUACAUUUUCAAAGUUUAUAUUGGUUUUCUGUCUUUGUAAUUUACAAAAACAUAAGUGCAAUUGAAAAGCACUUUGUUCAGCAAUUAAAUAAAGAUAUCUUUUUGCAUUUAUUUUUUUUU